AAGACAAUCCAACUGGCCUAAAACUCAAAGAAAGCACCGUGGAACUCUUUGCGUUUUUGUUUUGUAAGUCUUGGUUCUCGACCAAAGCACUGCAAAAAUGGGAGUUCCAGCAUUUUUCAGGUGGCUUUCCAGAAAGUAUCCAUCGAUUGUGGUCCAUGCUGUUGAGCAAAAGCCAGUUGAUGUUGAUGGUAAUAAAGUUUAUGUUGAUACAACUAAAGCAAAUCCUAAUGAUGUGGAGUUUGACAAUCUCUAUCUUGACAUGAAUGGAAUCAUCCAUCCUUGCUGUCACCCGGAAAAUAAGCCUGCACCUAAGAAUGAAGAUGAAAUGAUGGUGGCAAUUUUUGAGUACAUUGAUAGGUUAUUUGCAAUUGUGAGGCCAAGAAAACUAUUGUACAUGGCAAUUGAUGGAGUGGCACCGAGGGCCAAGAUGAAUCAGCAAAGAUCACGAAGAUUUAGAGCUGCCAAAGAUUCAAGAGAAAGCAAAGACGAAAUGGCACGUAUAAGAGAGGAUUUGCGACAAAAUGGUGCAUUGCUACCACCCGAGAAAGAAAAGGGAGAACACUUUGACAGCAACUGCAUCACACCGGGCACGCAGUUUAUGGAUCGCCUUUCUAAGUGUUUGCAGUACUAUAUCAGUGAUCGGCUGAAUAAUGAUCCUGGUUGGAAAGGAAUAAAGGUUAUAUUAUCCGACGCCAAUUCGCCAGGGGAAGGUGAACACAAGAUAAUGGAUUAUAUAAGAAAGCAGAGAGGACAACCUGAUCAUGACCCAAACACGAAGCAUUGCUUGAAUGGUGCAGAUGCUGAUUUGAUUAUGCUUGGCUUGGCUACACACGAGCCAAAUUUUACGAUCAUUAGAGAAGAGUUUAAACCUGGGAAACCACGACCCUGUACUUUAUGUGGCCAGAUAGGCCAUGACUUAGCCGAGUGCAAAGGGCUGCCAAAAGAAAAGGCUGGAGAGUUUGAUGAACUGACAAAACCAGUUGGUGAAGAAGUCGAAUUUAUAUUCAUCAGGCUAAAUGUUUUGCGAGAGUAUCUAGAAAGAGAUUUGAGAAUGGAUGGGCUGGCUUUCAAAUACGAUUUUGAGCGUUCUUUAGACGAUUGGGUUUUCAUGUGUUUCUUUGUGGGCAACGAUUUCUUGCCGCAUUUGCCGUCUUUAGAGAUCAGGGAAGGAGCAAUUGACCGUCUUAUUAGAAUCUACAAAGGUGUUAUGGCCAGAGCUGGGGGAUACUUGACGGAAAAUGGGUACGUAAGUCUGGAAAGAGUGCAGCAAAUUCUUCAAGAACUCGGACAAGCAGAAGACCAAAUAUUCAAGACUAGGCAAGAGAAAGAGCUUAAUUUCAGAAGACGAAAGAAGGAUCAAGAUAGGGCAAAUAAAAGAGCAAAAAUGGGCCAUGAUUUGUCCGACCUUACUCCACUGAUGAACAAAUCUCCCAACUGGAGCCCAAGGGACAGUCCUCGGCAAUUUGGUCAACCACAUCGAUCCAGCCCGGGUUAUUCCACAAACCAGAGAGCUGCUAGUGACUUGCGUUCUAUGUUGAGAACACCAGAAACAAACGAGCGUUCUGCAGCACCCUCUCCAGUCUCUACUACGCCAAUAUCGCGGAUGAACCGUAAAAGGCCAAAUGAGCAAGAGGAAGCCAAUGAGGAAGAAGAUGAGGAGCCUGCUGAUGACGUCAGGUUAUGGGAAGACGGAUGGAGAGAGCGAUAUUAUUUGCAGAAAUUUGGAGUUUCUACUGAACUAAGUGGAUACAAAACGUACGAAGAAUUUCGCAAAGAAGUGGGUUGGGCAUACGUUCGUGGUCUGUGCUGGGUGCUCCAGUAUUACUAUCAGGGUUGCCCGUCAUGGAAAUGGUAUUUUCCAUAUCACUAUGCACCUUUUGCUUCAGACUUUGUAGACAUCGUUGAUGCCAACGUGACCUUCGAGAAAGGAACUGGACCUUUCAAACCGUUAGAACAACUAAUGAGUGUGUUCCCAGCUGCAAGUGGCAAUUUCCUGCCACCAACCUGGCGAGAAUUGAUGUCCGGUCCGGAAUCGCCAAUUAUUGACUUCUACCCAGAAGACUUCAAGAUUGAUCUUAAUGGGAAAAAAUAUGCUUGGCAAGGUGUCGCGUUGUUGCCAUUUGUGGAUGAAAAGAGACUGCUAUCAACAUUAAAAUCAGUGUAUGGUGACCUCACUGAGGAAGAAGUUCGCAGGAACAGAAGGGACAUCAACCUACUUUUCUGUGGCAGCAAGAACUCGCUUUUUGAUUAUCUUGUUGGCCUUUACGAAGGUGGCAUGUUAAAAGAGAAACAAGAAAUUGUCACGAAAUUUUCUCAGGGCAUGAAAGGAACAGUGAUGUCAAACCCAGAUGUAGUGAUGCCUAAAGGUUCGCUAGAAAGUCCAGUACCCGGUCUUCAAGGGUUGAAGAAUCAAAUGGCUAUUAGUGUCAAGUUUGAAGACCCAAAAUACGACGAAGAUUUUGUGUAUCCAGCAACACUUUUACCAAAUGCAGUAAUACCUGGUAAAGUUUUGAAGCCUGAAGAUUUUCCUUCAAACCGACGAUACACUCCCCAAACUGGAUUCAGCCCGCGCUCCCACAAUCCGUAUCACAUAUCACCCGGAGGCAGGCGUAUGAUUGGAUACAAUCAAGACAGUCCUCAAAGGUUUAAUUCGCCUGACCAGUCACGAAGCCCAAGAAUGGCCAGGCCGCAGUCACAAGGCUACAGAUCUCCAUAUGGAAAUUAUAACUCUCCAGAUCGCACUCCAAGCCCGUUAGCCAGACAGCCGUCGCCAUUUUACCGUCCAGGAGGUAACAUGCCACAACGGCAACCAAGCCCUUACAACCGGCAAGAUGGGGCUGGAUCGAGCCCUCGUUUUCAAGGCCGACGUUCAUUUGGAGGUGGCGGUUAUCAAGGGUCGGAUAAUCGUGGUUAUGCAGACAAUAGGGGUGGAUGGAAUCAGCAGUCAUUUGAUAACCAAAGAGACGACAGGUCAAGACAGGAUCCCAGAAGGCAUUCGUUCCCGAUGAACCAAAAUCGGUUCAGGCCGUAUUAAGUGACGCCUCCAUUCCCAUCAGAGGGUUGCUUUGCCUCGGAGACUCUUCUGGAGCAGUGUCCAACACGACAAGCGAAUGGAACCAGGAGAUUGCAGCCAGGAUUUUACAGCCAUGUGCAACAGACGUAAGUCAUGUUCAUUUUGCACAUAAUGGCAUCGUGGUAUGGCAAAAACGAUCUGACGUCAUCAGCUUAACAAAAUUAAUUUACUUCUUUCGAGCAAUCAUAAUUGUAUUUACUUUUACGGAAAACCCAUUUGUCAGUUUAUUCCAUAAGCUUGUAGUAUUAGUGUCAUUUUAAAGGGGAAGACUUCAUGUUCAAUAUAAAGGAAAA